CAUUGCAUAUUUUCCUUAUCCUUCCUUCACUACUUCUUAUCACACUCUCUGUUUCUUUCAUGCAACUUUCAAGAAAGAGCCUUUAAUCAUUGCUUCAACGUUUGUGUCUUCUUUCUCUUCUUUAUUAUUCUCGAAUGUUUUAUUGUUUUACAGUUUUUACAGUUUUUUAAGAUUUUACCAGAUUAGGAAUGAUGGAAUGAUGUGUAACGUUCUUUUCUUCUUUCUUCUUUUUUUUUUCUUUCAUUCGGACAUGAUUAAGAGUUUAGGUGAAGCUUUCGUUCUUUUGUGGAUAGGAUAUGUUUCGUGCUGGUUCAACUCUUGCAAGAAUGAGACAUGUCACGGGAAAUUUGUGGAGAUUAAUUUUCCCGCAUUAAUUUUAAGGGCCCAAGAUUAUAUUUACAUUCAAAAUUUAUUCUUUUUUUGAUAAUUUUCUGUUCCUUGAUUUGUUCUGCGCAAAUAUCUUUAUUAAUAAUACGUUUUUAAAUAUUUUUUCUUACCUUCUUGUAUAAGGGAAGAUCCAUCGUUGACCCCUUUUUCCUGUAACUUGGUUUUUCAUUUUUACCAUAUUUUCCGGCUGUUCUAAAACUUUUUUUGUGUGUGUGUGUGUGUUGAAUUUUCUUUCAUCGUGAAUUUUAUUUCUUCUUUUUUUGGCGAUUAUUGAGAUUUUUUUGGCUCGUAAUUAAAAUCUACGAUUAAUCCAAAAGUAAGGCAGGUGUCAAUUGUAUUUUUUUCAAGACCAAAGGGUUUCUUCACAUCAAAGUUGUCACUUUCUUUCUGUAGUCUUUACCUUUAUCUGUGUUAGGUCUGCACAAAAAUCUCACACUAACAUGGUUGCAGUCAAUAAUCUCGGUUUGCAUGAGACAUGCGUGUGACAACCGAACGUUAAAAAGUUGUGAUGGGUUGAGGCAGAAUCUCUUGGCCACCACACUGGAACUGGAGACGAUGAAGAACGCGAACAGGGAACUUAUGAAUCACUUGAAGAUGGCUUGCAAAGAGAGGGACGAAGCAAGAGAAGAACUUCAGAAACUGUUGAAAAAACUAACACCCCCCACUCUGGUCGAAAUCCCUUCCUCCAUGAUGAUUCCGACACCGACCAAAUCCAGCAUCACAGAAUCCAACAGCCCCUCGCACGUUUCCUCCCCCGUAGAUUCCCUUCUCGAGGCAGCUUCUCCUCGGGAGUUCUCCAACAUCAUUGUCGACUCACACAACAACAACAUGGCGUAUCAUCUCAAACAACAACCUUUGCUUACGAGGGUGUCUCAGAAGCGCACGUGCGAUGUUGGGGACGAAGUGAUCGAACACCUUGCCAAGAGAAAAACGUUGCCCCAAAAGGGUAUGCUCCUCAAGGCUGUGGUGGACGCGGGUCCCUUGCUUAAGACACUCCUUGUCGCGGGCCCACUUCCCACGUGGCGCAACCCCCCUUCGUCCAAGACCAUAGAGACUCCAUGCCUCAAUGUUCAAGACUUCGCUUCCAACAAUGUUAAUACCUUCAAUUCACUUCAGAAACCAACGCUUGCAUUUGCGUCUUCUCGUUCUUUUCAGCCUUCUGUGUUCAGUGUUUCUGCUGUGAACAACAAUGCUUCUUGCAAAAAUCUCGCCCCAUCGAGGAUUCCGCAGAGCCAUCAGUAUCUUCUAUGAAAUUGAUUCGCCCUCACAACUAUUUUUAUUCUGUAAAGUGAGUUAGAAUUUUUGGUGUAAAUUUCAUACCCCGGCUCUGAUUCAAUUAUCAAGCUGACCUAUUUUGGUUCUAGUUCAAAAGUAGUACUUAUCUCCAAACAUGACAAUUUAUUGCAACAUUUGAUUCAGAUUAUGUCUUCUUCCUCUUUUUACCUGUAACUUUCAUUUCUAUCUGUUCACCAAAAGUCUCUGGUGGCUUUAGAAUCUGAGUAGAAAUUGAAUAUAGCUCAUAAAUAUUUGUUUUUUUAA